GGAAGCCUGCCUGGACCGUUCGUUGGAUUGCCUGCUGAUUCCAGUCGAAGUGGGGAGUCUCUAUGGGCGGGGAAAACACAAGGCUAAAAAUGCGCCCACUUUUAAAUACUGAGUAGUUACCUACCAUCUGUUGUUUCAUUUCUUUGCUCUGGUAGAAUAGUUAUUGCUUGCCAGUACGAUUACAGACUGACACCAACGCUGCUCCGCAACCAUUCGAAAAUAUCCCCCCCACCAGCAACAAACCCAAAGAGAUCGCUUGCUUGCUCCUACGUAUUGCUAUGUCUACAAAUCCAAAUCCAAGAACGGGCACGUCUUUGCCAGCUCUGGUCCAGCUCACCGUAAAGACCGACCCGUGGGAUAUUGACGGCAAGCCUGAACUGGGCCCUUCCCACCAACCCUGGAGAGCAUACUGGCCACCAGAUAUCACCGCUGUCAGUGAACGGGAGUUAUCUGCUAAGCCAUGGCUUACAUGGAAACAUGAUCCCAUGAAGAUGAACAAUAAGCCCUGGUAUGACUGGGUCCGCCCAGACUUGGAUCCAGAACCAUCAGACGGGUGGUGCCCCCCGGAAUGUGUAUAUUGCGGCGGAAGAGGCUGUGGUCCCCGCUCGACUGGUGCUGAAGGGGCUUAGGAACGGUUUAUUAUACGAGGGAAUGAUCAGAGGCUUCAAGCUCGUUCAAUUGAUAUUGCGUUUUGUCUUUUAUGUUUGUUAUUACCUACAUAUACGCACACCCCCAGAAACUGAACAGGAUAGUUGGUACCUUGCACUUGCACGUACACUACGAUUGGAAGAAUCGUUGUCCGUAAUUCAAUGAAGAGGGAGACACUCCUUGAAAUACAAUAUACGAAAAAUCCCUGAAUUCCUCAACUCAAC